AUGAAUUGCGUUGUGUUACCAGAAAUGUUGAAGAGAAAACGCGGAGCCAUCGUCACUAUUUCUAGUUUGGUGUCCAUGUUUUAUUUGCCUCUGUUUAGUUGUUACGGCGCAACUAAGGCCGCCUGCGAAGCAAUAAGCUGCAGCCUUACCCACGAGAAAUUGCCGGGUGUGGUUUUUCAAACGCUCAUUCCUAGUUUCGUGAAUACAAAGAUUUUGGAUUACAGCAACGGAAUGUGGAAUCGACUGUCGUUCUUCGCUCCCGAUGCGGAUUCGUACGCUAAGAGCGCGAUCGGAACUUUAGCUUUAUCAAAUUAUACAACUGGUUACUUGGGGCAUUCUCUUCAAAUUAUGGGAAAAUUCUUUCCAGAAAUUAUACAGAAAUAUUUGCAUAAAUGGUUAGUGUUUAAUAUGUUUGGAAAAGUGUCUAUUCCUCAGUAA